AUGUCGUUUGCUGCGGUGAAUGACCCUCCCUCCGAUGAUCAGGACUCGCUCACCGAGACUGACAUCGUCGCCCCGCCCCGUUUCUACAACAAGGAUACGGAUGACAACUCUCUGCCUGACUGCUUGGAUCCUUACCUGCAGCCCAUCCUAGCAAAUGUUUCUUCCGGUGUGGCAGGUCAUUUGGCCAGGCGCUUGGAGGUCAGGGUGGCAAAUGGUGUUUUCUUCUCCUUGGAUUGGCGUGUGGACAUUUCGGGUGUGGUGAAUAUUCGCUCUCCCCCUCGGGAUGCACGCAACUAUUUUAGUGCCAUCUUAGGCCAAUGCCUUGGUAUGGUUGUGCCCCCUAAUGCUAGCAAGUGUGGUCGCUGUUUGCGAAAUCCUGAUGCUUGUGCGUUUGCUUCCUGCCGCGUUGCCGCUUUCUACCGCGUGAGUGAUGAUGUUGGGAUGGUGAUUGCCAAGGGUGCGUGCAUGUGUUGUGUGUUUUCUGGAAGUGCGAAGCAUUGCUCGUUCCGCGAUGAUUGCCCAGUUUGGGCCCUUUCCUACUUCCAGAAGUAUGUCCCCUCCUUUGUCUGGGAGCCGACCAACACCCUCGCCUCUGCUCCGGCAACUCCUGUUGCUCCUCGCCAGCAGGUUGAUCUCCCUAUCCACCCCGCUGCUGCUCCAGCAACUCCUACUGCUGUUCCAGCCACUCCUACUGCUGCUCCAGCAACUCCUCAGGCACCUUCUACCCCGGCUUCGGCCGUUGCGUCCGCUUAUCAUAGUCUCUUGACAGAUGAUUUGCUCGCUGCCCCGCUUGCAGGCCGUGAGCAGGUUCUCUUGCAGAUCGAUCGUUGCCGUGCUCAGCUUGCCAUCGACCUCGCUGCCGCUAACCGCGACUACGACUUGCUCCUUUGGCAAAUCCAGUCACAGCGACGUCGCGACAUGGCAGUUGCUGCUAGCAGAUCUGCUGCCUGGGAUGCCAUUGGCGAGGAGAAGGAUUCAAUGGAUAUUGAUGAGGCUUAA